CAGACAUCAAAGUUCACUUAAAUGUUACAGCUCUUUUGCCUAGAGUUUGCAAACAGGCACAGCACAGCAGCCCCUCCGCAUCACCCAGAUCACACAGUCUUCUCAGGAUGCGGUACCUCAUCAUUGUGGCAGUGUCCUAUCUCUUCCUAUCUCCCACCCAUGCUGGAGUGAAGGACCUCGCCGGGCACUUCAGCAUCUAUGACCCCACCCAGUUGCCAGCAGCGAACGCACGGGGCCUGUCCCAGGGAGGGGAGUUAGACAUGGAGAGCAUUCCCAUCGACUUCCACAAGGAGAACACUGUCACCAACGACCUGCCCACCGAGGACUUCGAGGACGAGGACUACCUCGACUUUGACAAGAUCCUGGCGGAGGGCGACGACGAUUACAGCGAGGGAGACGCCAUUGACGAGAUCGCCACCCCGCCACCCGACGUGGACAUCUUCGCCGAGCCCUCUGACCCCAAGGUGCGACGAGCCCGGCUGCUGCGCCUCUUCCACGGGCGGAGCCGCAUCCAGCGGCUCAACAUCGUCAAUGCCAACUUCGGCUUCCGCCUCUACCGGAGCCUGCGCAACGACCUUAACCAGACCGACAACAUCCUGCUGGCGCCGGCGGGCAUCUCCAUCGCCAUGGGCAUGAUGGACCUGGGCACGGGGCCCGACACCCACGAGCAGCUCUUCCAGGCCAUGGGCUUCGCUGAGUUCGUCAACGCUAGCUCCCAUUAUGAGGACCUCACCGUCCACAAGCUCUUCCGCAAGCUCACGCACCGCCUGUUCCGCCGCAACUUCGGCUACACACUGCGAUCUGUCAAUGACCUCUACGUGAGGCGAAAUGUGACCGUGGACGAGGCCUUCAGGAGUGACGCCAAGGCCUACUACUUCGCUGAGCCUCAGUCCGUGGACUUCCGCGACCCAAGCUUCCUGGAAAAAGCCAACCGCCGGAUUCAGAAGCUGACGAAGGGCUUGAUCAAGGAGCCUCUGAAGAGCGUCGACCCCCUCAUGGUGAUGAUGCUCCUCAACUACCUCUACUUUAAAGGAACAUGGGAACAAAAGUUCCCCAAAGACAUGACACACUAUCGGAACUUCCGCAUCAGUGAGAAACAGCAGGUGCGGGUGCCCAUGAUGCAGAGCAAGGGGAACUACCUUGCAGCUGCCGACCACGAGCUGCAGUGCGACAUUCUGCAGCUGCCCUAUGUGGGCAACAUCUCCAUGCUGGUGGUAGUGCCCCGAAAGAUCUCCGGCAUGCGGACACUGGAGAAGGAGCUCUCCGCCUCUGCGGUCAACAAGUGGCUGAAUAACAUGACUAACAGAACACGAGAGAUUGUAUUUCCCAAGUUUAAACUAGAACAAAAGUAUGACCUCAUUGACAACCUGAAAGAGCUGGGGCUGACAGAUUUGUUUGAGGCUAAGGGAGACUUCUCAAGGAUGACCUCAGAGGAAAUCGCAAUUGACUGGUUUAAACAUCAGGGCACGAUCACAGUGAAUGAAGAGGGGACGGAGGCUGCAGCAUUAACUCAAGUUGGGUUCAUGCCACUGUCCACCCAGAUCCGCUUUGUGGUGGACCGGCCAUUCCUCUUCCUCAUCUACGAACACCGCACCGACUGUCUGGUUUUCAUGGGCCGGGUGGUGGACCCCUCGAAAAACUAACUGCGCCAAACCCCACAAGCAAAUCCUGUGAACCUCAGUCUGAAGAAAGGGGUCAGAACUGUUUGUUAUCUGUUAAUGUUCCAUCUCUCCGGUGCUACUGAGGAGAUUCACAUACCCAGUUGGCAAGUAACGUUGUCAUGACGAUACACUAACGUUGCAGAACUUGCAACUUGAGUGACAGAUAUUUUGAGAGAGGUGUCGGUUAACUAAAGCAAUUGAGCACAUCCUGUUUGAUGUUCUUGGCAAGUGAGGACGAGUCUCAGUGUUUGCAUAAUAAAUAAGCCAUAUAAACAUUAUGCUGCAUUAUCAGCAUCAUUUACCGAAAAGUAAAUGUGAGAAAGUCAGAUACUUUCAUUCACAAAAGUUCACCAAUAAACACAUCUGUAAUUCUGUG